GAUGGGCGCUGGCAUGUCGUGCUCAUAUACAAGGGCCUGACUGAUCUGAGUUCAUAGUAGCUGAGGAAGAUUGCGAAGGGGCAAUUAUGGAGGCCCCACCCGAGGACGGGCCCAUACAUCAAUGGACAAGUCAAGAUGAGUUUCCGGCGAGGCUCAAGAAAUACUGGUGGCAGCGACAAUCGAUCUGGGAUCGUUACGACCAAGGAAUAUGGAUGACUGAGGAUGCAUGGUUUGGUGUUACCCCAGAGCCCAUUGCGAACAAGAUUGCUGCGCAUGUAGCGGAGUCGGCUCCAAAAGAGAAGAACAUCCUCAUUGAUGCCUUUGCAGGAGUUGGUGGAAAUGCCAUCGCGUUUGCUCGGCAGGGUCGAUGGGAUCAAGUAUUUGCUUUCGAGAAAGACCCUGAUGCUCUGAAAUGUGCCAGGCAUAACGCUGAGAUCUAUGGAGUUGACAAGAAAAUUGUGUGGGUUAAAGGGGACUGCCUUUCCGAGAUUUCUCGACGAUUCAAUGGGCAGAAAGAUAAUAUUGUGCUGUUUGCCAGCCCUCCAUGGGGCGGUGUUGAAUACGGUGACGAGGAUGUCUUCGACCUUUCGAAAAUGGAACCAUAUAGCCUUGAAUUUCUCUACGAAAAAUUCAACAAAUACAGCUCUUCUACUAUUCUCUAUCUCCCGCGUAAUUCAGACCUCAACCAAAUUGCCAAAUAUGCUCCAGAAAGUAAGAAGUUAGAGGUAGCCCACUAUUGCAUCCGGGGCGCCAGCAAGGCAUUGUGCGUCUACUUUGGCGAUUUUGAUUUUGAGUCAGAAUGAGCUUAGUAGGCAGAUGAG